AUGCGAUCAGACAAUUGCGUCGAGGUAGGUAUCAUCGGGGGCGGUAUUGCAGGCGUGACUGCAGCCUUGGGGCUUCUUUCCAAAGGAAUACGCGUCAAGUUAUACGAGCGCGCCAAUUGCUUUCGUGAGAUCGGAGCAGGAAUCGGCCUUUCUCCGAAUGCCGAACGAGCAAUGCUUUUGCUAGACCCGAGAAUCCACGCGGUCUUUAGAAAGCUUGCAACACCAAACACUGAGAACUGGUUUCAAUAUGUAGACGGAUUCAGCAAAUCGCAGCAGGGCGACGAAGAGCUGUUGUUCAAGGUGUAUCUUGGCGAAAGGGGGUUUGAAGGAUGCCGUAGGACCGACUUUUUGAACGAACUCGUGAAGCUGUUACCUUAUGAUUGUGUCGAGUUUAACAAGAAUUUGGUCAACAUCACAGAGGACGCUGAAAACCGCACAGUUGUUCUCCGCUUCGCCGACGGUUCCACUUCAAAUGCCGACGUGGUGCUUGGGUGCGAUGGGCUUCGGUCGCGGGUUCGGGAGCAUGUUUUGGGCGUCGAUCACCCGGCGGUCCGCCCAUCCUACACCCAUAAGUUUGCAUUUCGCGGCGUCGUCCCGAUGGACGAUGCCAUCAAAGCCAUUGGAAGGGAGAAGUCCUUGACGCGUUUUAUGCAUCUUGGACCAGGGUGCCAUGUCCUUACCUUCCCCGUAUCAAUGUGUGCUCUGCUGAACGUUGUUGCAUUCGUCACCGACACAGACGACUGGCCCGACACCCGCGAGGUAACUGUACCGGCAACGAAGAAAGAGGUGCUUGAAUCGUUCGCCCACUUUGGACCGGUCGUAAAGGAGAUAAUGAACCUACUGGACGACAGAUUAGACAAAUGGGGAGUUUUUGACUUGCGCGAGAACCCAGUGCCACGUUACGUGUCCCAUGUCGGACGCGUUUGCCUUGUUGGCGAUGCAGCCCAUGCUGCCGCUCCACACCACGGAGCUGGCGCGGGUUCUGCUAUCGAAGAUGCCCUCGCUCUGACGGUGGCACUGAAGGACAUCAACGAAACUCUCGCAGCCGGGAAAUGCCCAACCAGUACGAAUAGUGCUAUCAGUGCUGCACUUUCCGCAUACGAGAGUGUGCGAUAUGGGCGCACUCAAUGGCUGAUAGAGAGCAGUCGGUUCAUGGGGGAGCUGUUUGAGUGGCAGGCCACUGCGUGCGAAAGAGAUCCGAUCCGGUGUCACGCCGAGGUAGAGUCUCGAUCCCACAAGAUCUGGGAUUAUGACGUUGGAGACAUGAUAGAGCAAGUACGUCGCGCGUUGAAAGUGAAGUUGAGUGACGCGUUGGUCGAGGAAAACCGACUGUGA